AUGGCCCUCCCAUCCAAGUCGGUGGCGUUCAGCCCCCUGGUGUGCGACAGGUCUACUCGGAAGGGAGAGCCGGCCUUCGGGGAAGUGAACCAGCUCGGUGGGGUCUUCGUCAACGGGCGCCCCUUGCCCAACGCCAUCCGGCUCCGGAUUGUGGAACUAGCCCAGCUGGGCAUCCGGCCGUGCGACAUCAGCCGGCAGCUGCGCGUCUCCCAUGGCUGCGUCAGCAAGAUCCUGGCCCGCUACAACGAAACGGGCUCCAUCUUGCCAGGGGCCAUCGGGGGCAGCAAGCCACGGGUCACCACUCCGACGGUGGUGAAGCACAUCCGGACCUACAAACAGAGGGAUCCCGGCAUCUUUGCCUGGGAGAUCCGCGACCGGCUGCUGGCCGAUGGCGUGUGCGACAAGUACAACGUGCCCUCCGUCAGCUCCAUCAGCCGGAUCCUGCGCAACAAGAUCGGCAACCUCUCACAGCAGAGCCACUACGAGACCUACAAGCAGCAUCACCAGGCGGCCCCCCAGCCUGCCCUGCCCUACAACCACAUCUACUCCUACCCCAGCCCCAUCGCGGCAGGCGCCAAGGGCCCUAGCCCUGCCGGCAUGCCAACUCUCCACAGCGCAGUCCAUAUGCCACGGACCUGGCCCUCCUCGCACUCCGUUACCGACAUCUUAGGGAUCCGGUCCAUAACAGACCAAGUGAGCGACAGCUCGCCCUACCACAGCCCCAAGGUGGAAGAGUGGAGCAGCCUCAGCAGAAGCGGCUUCGCGACCACGGCUCAGCACGUUGCGGUGAACGGGCUGGACAAGGGCUCCCUGGAACCAGAGGCCAAGUACAGCCAGGCACCAAGUGGUCUUCCAAAUGUUGGAAGCUUCGUCUCCGCACCAACCAUGGCGCCUUACCCUACAGCAGCCCAGGUGUCCCCAUACAUGGCGUACAGCGCUGCUCCUUCUGGUUACGUAGCUAGUCAUGGCUGGCAGCAUGCGGGGGGCACGCCGCUUUCACCCCACAACUGUGAUAUCCCUGCAUCACUGGCUUUCAAGGGCAUGCAGACAGCCAGAGAAGGUAGUCACUCCAUUGCAGCCUCUGCACUCUGAUAUCAGAAAUAUGGCAGGACAAUUUCAAUCUAGCCCACUCGCUUCUCCUCUCUCUUUCCACAGCGUUCCUUCUCACAGAUUGACCUUAUGGGCUCGUGACGUUCCAAACUUUUUCCGCCAUAAGAUUUUGCUUACACCCUCACCCAC